AAAAAUUUAACCCGAAACCCCACUCCGAAACCCAGUCUCUCUGUGUCUCUCUCUCUCUCGCUCAAGAUCCAAUCUUUUGUUUCGCCGGAAAACUUCCAAUUGUUCCCGGAAAAUCUCGAACUUUGCUUCACUUUCCAUCUUCGUUUGGUGACACUGACACCAUUUAGCUACCCAUUUCAACAUCUCCAGCUCCCGAACAGGCCUCUGAAUUCUCCAGAACAACAAGCGAACACACACGCACACAAUCCAGAUUCAAUCUAUUGUUCUCUCAGAAACCUCCCAAAAUUUUCCGGCAAAAUCUCCAAAACUUUCCUUCCCUUUCUUUCACUAUUUUCCAUGGCAAAUGCCUGGAAAAGAAACCAACCCACAAAACUCCUAGCCCCCAAAACCCUCCUUUUAUUCUUCUCCACUUCUCUCCUCCUCCUCACCUUCCUUUACCUAUCCUCUCAAACCCAAAACCCUACCCCCAAAGCCCUCAAAGCCAUAACUUUUGACCGUACAAUCAAACCCUUUGAUUGCUACAAAUCGCCUCAAGCCCACCCAGUAAUUGCCAGCAUUGUAGAAGGCCUCAAAUAUCCAUUUCUUUAUUCUCUUUCUGAUUUCGGAAAUUUACCCGAAAAGCCCCACAAGAACAUUGCUAGGGUCUUAAAGGGAAAACCCUUUAGAAGACCUGACAUUUCUGUGACUAUUCAAGAGGUUUUGGAGAAGAUGAAGAGUGAUGGUAAAAGGGGGAUUUUUGUGGAUGUUGGGGCUAAUGUGGGAAUGGCAACAUUCGCAGCUGCAGUUAUGGGGUUUAGGGUUUUGGCAUUUGAGCCAGUUUUUGAGAAUUUGCAAAGGAUUUGUGAUGGAGUGUACUUGAAUAGGGUGCCAGAUUUGGUGGAGGUGUUUGAGGCUGCGACGUCUGAUCAGAUAGGGAACAUUACGUUUUAUAAGGUCAGGAUGAGAUGACUCGAUGUUUUGAGAAAACACACAUGCAGUGGCUAAUGAGUUAUAAGUAUAACAUAUCUUUUGUACUCUGUUAGUAUGCUGGUCUAUUCCGUGGUCAUGUUUGCUUGCUAUUUCCUCAUGAAAGACAGUUGGGUUGGAAAUGUGAACUGUUCAAAAUGAGAAUUGCGGAUUCCAUAAGCGGAAGAUACAUGUCUUGUGUUCUCAAAGUUGUGGAAGCAUAGAUAGAAUAUGGCAAGAAGGAGAACCACCAAUGGUUUAUGGCAAAUGGAGAUUGUGGGGUGCUGGCAUAGGAAACUAUCUCAGCAAAAGCCCUUGGUAGUGUGGUCUGAAAUCCUGGCUCACAUCAGAGGUUCAAGGCGGGUAGAGAGAGAGAGAGACUUCGACAGAUAUUGAACCCAAAUUCUUGGCCUUAGCAUAUUCAGGCACAAAAUAUUCUUCAUGGGGUGUUAUAUUGUUCUCAUUAUGUAAGUGUAAUUGUCUGUGAACCUCUUGGUUCUAUUUUGCAGACUUGCUAUUGCUACUGAUUCCAUUGAAGUAUAGUCCCAGAAGCAAAGCCCUUUUUCCUUUAUCUGCUGCUAUUUUUUUUUUUUUUUU